AUGACCCCUAGAGUAGAAUAUCGCCAAGUUCUCGCAUGGCGUCCCCUGGCUCGCCGACUACGUGAAAUGCAAAGUCUUUCACCUCGGCAGUUAUCAAGGUCUCAGGAAUUGGAUUUGCGGCGGCUAUAUAGGCUCUCAUGGACACGAGAUGCAGAGUGCCGAAUUGUUUGA